CCUGCCGGGGCUCGGGGCGCCUUCACCCUCCCGGGAGAGGCCGCACGGGCAGGCCGCCGGCCUGGCGGGCCUCGCAGGGCGUGGGCGCGUCCCCAGCCUGCAGAAGGGGAAACGGAGUGCGGGCCAGGCCUCUCCCAGGGCGAGGCUCCAGCGCAGUGAGGUCGGCCCGACUAAAUAAGGAAAACCUGGGACCGCAGCCGGCUCUCAGCCCGCCUGGCCUCAGCCAGAGGGAAACAGAAACAUCCCAGAUUCUGUGCGGGCGGAGACUUCUCACUCGGUGGGACUCCGCUAAUGCGAACUGACUGAGGGCCUUUGGCAUCGUGUGGGCGCAGGGCGGGAAGGUCCCGGCAAGGGACCACGAGCACUUCAACGCUGCUCAGAGCCUAAUAGGAUGCAGCUUGGCUUGGAGGGAUACCCAGCACUUGGGAGCCCUGGAGAAGGACGCUAGGAGAUGGAGAAGUCUGUGUGGACGGCAGGGAAGGCUCUCCGGAAGAGAGACGUCUCCCACAACCUGCUCCGGGCGCUGGACGUCGGGCUCCUAGAGAACCUCUCAGCGCUGACAGAGUUGGACAUAAGCAACAACAGGAUCUCUGCCUUAGAAGAAGGAAUAUUUGCUAACUUAUUUAAUUUAAGUGAAAUAAACCUGAGCGGGAACCCUCUGGAGUGUGACUGUGGUCUGGCCUGGCUGCCGCGCUGGGCAGAGGAGCGGCGGGUCCGGCUGCUGCGGCCCGAGGCGGCCACGUGCGCCGGGCCGGGCCCCCUGGCCGGCCAGCCCCUCCUCAGCGUCCCCCUGCUGGACGGCAGCUGCGGUGAGGAGUACAUUGCCUGUGUCCCCGACGACAGCUCGGGUGCCGUGGCGCUGGCGGCCUUCUCGGCUGCCCACGAGGGCCCCCCGGCACCUGAGGCCUGCAGCGCCUUCUGCUUUGCGGCUGGCCAGGACCUCGCAGCCCUCUCAGAGCAGCACGGGUGCCUGUGCGGGGCGGCCCGGCCCCCCGGUGCUUCGUCGGCCUGCCUGCGCUUCUGCUCCGGCACACGGCCGCCCCCUUCCGCCGCCUGCAGGGGGCCCACCCUCCUCCACAACGUCUUCCCUGCCUCCCCGGGGGCGGCCCUGCUGGGGCCCCGAGGACCCCUGGCCUCUGGCCAGCCAGCAGCCUUCCGAGUCAUCGCCUCCCUGCCUGGGAGCUCCACACGCUGGGACUUUGGCGACGGCUCCCCCGAGGUGGCUGUGGCUGGCCCGGAGGCCACUCACCGCUUUCUGCUGCCCGGGCGCUAUCUUGUGACAGCCGUGCUGGCCCUGGGGGCCGGCUCUGCUCGGCUGCACACGGAGGUGCAGGUGCAGGCGGCUCCUGCAGCUCUGGAGCUCGUGUGUCUGGCCUCGGUGCACAGCGGCGAGACCCUGCAGCUUGGCCUCCGAAACCGCGGCGGCUCUGGCCUUGAGGCCGCCUACAGCAUCAUGGCCCUGGGCGAGGAGCCUGCACGAGUGGUCCAUCCGCUCUGCCCCUCGGACACUGAGAUCUUUCCCGGUAACGGGCGCUGCUAUCGCCUGGUGGCAGAGAAGGCGGCCUGGCUGCAGGCGCAGGAGCAGUGCCGGGCCUGGGCAGGGGCCGCGCUGGCCAUGGUAGACAGUCCCGCCGUCCAGCACUUCCUGGUCUCCCGCGUCACCAGGAGCCUGGAUGUGUGGAUCGGCUUCUCGGCUGUGGAGAGGGCAGAGAUAGGCCCGGCCCCGCGGGACGAGGCCUUCAGCCUGGAGAGCUGCCAGAACUGGCUGCCCGGGGAGCCGCACCCCGCCACGGCUGAGCGCUGCGUGCGGCUCGGCCCUGCCGGCCAGUGCAACACAGACCUGUGCUCGGCGCCACACAGCUACGUCUGCGAGCUGAGGCCUGGAGGCCCCGUGUGGGAUGCAGAGAAUUUCUUCGUGGGAGCGCCCAGCGGGGACCUGCAGGCGCCCCUGAGCCCCCUGGCACAGCAGGAGGCCCUCUCGGCCCCCCAGGAGCCUGUUGAGGUGAUGGUGUUCCCCGGCCUGAGCCCAAGCCGCGAAGCUUUCCUCACCGCUGCCGAGUUUGGGACCCAGACCCUCGGCCGGCCCGCCCAGCUGCGGCUGCAGGUGUACCGGCCCCUGGGAGGAGCAGCAGAUUGGGGCCCCAGUACCCCUCCUUUCCUUGCAGGGGCUCUCCGGAACAGCAGUGAGCCCCAGAGCAGGUCCUCAGAAAACAGAACUGAGCCGGCCCCUGCGUGCACACCAGCAGGACACCCGUGCCCCAGAGCCAACGUCUGCCUGCCGCUGGGCGCCCCCUGCCACCUCCAGGCCUGUGCCAACACAUCCACGGCAGGGCUGGGGCUCCCCGGGGUGGCCUCUGCGCUCUGGAAGGAGUUCCUUUUCUCUGUGCCUGCGGGCCCCCCCGCUCAGUACUCGGUCACCUUCCACGGCCAGGACAGUCCCCUGCUUCCUGGAGACCUUGUCAGCUUGCAGCAUGAUGCUGGGCCGGGGGCCCUCCUGCGCUGCCCCCCAGCUCCUGGCCACCCUGGCACCCAGGCCCCAUACUUCUCCACCAAUGCCUCAGCCUGGCUGGCCCGCCUGCCCGCCCAGCUGGAGGCAGCCCCAGCCGGCCUGACCUGUGCCCUGCGGCUGCUUGCUGCCACCGAGCAGUUCACCCCUCUGCUGGGCCUGAGCCCCAACCCAGGGCUGCAGCAGCCGGGGCGCUAUGAGGUCAGGGCCAUGGUGGGCAACGGUGUGUCCCGGCACAACCUGUCCUGCAGCUUCAACGUGCUGUCCCCGGUGGCCGGCCUUCGGGUCAUCUACCCCCCCCCCCACGACGGCCGCCUCUACGUGCCCACCAACGGCUCGGCCCUGGUGCUCCAGGUGGACUCCGGCGCCAACGCCACGGCCAUGGCGCGCUGGCCUGGGGGCAACGUCAGCGCCCCCUUCGAGGCCACCUGCCCCAUCAUGGUGGCUGCCCUGGUGCCUGGCUGCGACUGCGAGGUUAAUGCCACCCUGUUCUCGGUGCUGGUGCUGCCCAGGCUCAACGAGGGCGAGCACGAGGUGGACGUCGUGGUGGAGAAUGGUGCCGGCCGGGCCAACCUCAGCCUGCAGGUGAAGGCCGAGGAGCCCAUCCGCGGCCUCCGUGCCACGCCCAGCCCUGAGGCCCGUGUGCUGCAGGGCGUCCUGGUGAGGUACAGCCCCGCGGUGGAGGCCGGCUCGGACGUGGUCUUCCGCUGGACCAUCGACGACAAGCAGUCCCUGACCUUCCACAAUGUGGUCUUCAACGUCAUCUACCAGAGCGCCGCCAUCUUCAAGCUCUCGCUGACGGCCUCCAACCACGUGAGCAAUGUGACUGUCAACUACAAUGUCACGGUGGAGCGGAUGCAUAAGAUGCGGGGCCUGCGGGUGUCAGCAGUGCCACCCGUGCUGCCCCUCAAUGCCACGCUGGCUCUGGCAGCCGAGGUGCUGGUGGACUCAGCCGUGGAGGUGGUCUUUCUGUGGACCUUUGGCGAUGGGGAGCAGGUGAUUGGCCAGUUCAAGCCUCCAUACAACGAGUCCUUCCAGGUCCCAGACCCCACGGUGGCCCAGGUGCUGGUGGAGCACAAUGUCACACACACCUACACCGACCCAGGUGAAUACAACCUGACCCUGCUCGUGUCCAACGCCUUCGAGAAUCUGACGCAGCAGGUGCCCGUGAGCGUGCGUGCCGCCCUGCCUAUUGUGGCCGUGGCCAUGGGUAGCCGAGUCUUGGUGGCUGGUUGGCCUGUCACCUUCUUCCCACACCCACUGCCCUUGCCCGGGGGCGUCCUGUACACAUGGGACUUUGGGGACGGUUCCCCAGCUGUGACACAGCCCCAGCCGGAGGUCAACCAUACAUUCGCCUCGAGGGGCGUGUACCCAAUCCUCCUGCAGGUCAACAACACUGUCAGCAGCGUGGUGGCAGGGGUCAGCGUCCGGGUCUUCGAGGAGCUCCGUGGCCUGACCGUGAGCCUGAGCCCGGCCGUGGAGCAGGGUGCGCCUGUGGUGGUCCGUGCCAUCCUGGAUGGGGGUGACAACGUCACGUGGACCUUCGACAUGGGGGACGGCACAGUGCUCUCAGGCCCUGAGGCCAUGGUGGAGCACGUGUACCUGCGGGCACAGAACUGCACGGUGACCGUGGGCGCGUCCAGCCCCGCUGGCCACCUGGCCCAGAGCCUGCCUGUGCAGGUCUUUGUCCUGGAGGUGCUGUGGAUCGACCCCACAGCCUGCAUCCCCCCCCAGCCCCACGCCCGGCUCACAGCCCACGUCACCGGCGACCCUGCCCACUACACCUUCGACUGGACCUUCGGGGACGGCUCGUCCAACACGACCGUCCGGGGGGACCCGACCGUGACGCACAACUUCACGCGCAGCGGCACAUUCCCCCUGGCGCUGGUCCUGUCAAGCCGCGUGAAUAAGGCGCACUACUUCCGCAGCGUCUGUGUGGAGCCCGAGGUGGGCAAUGUCACCCUGUGGCCCGAGCGGCAGUUCGUGCGGCUCGGGGACGAGGCCCGGCUGGUGGCCCAUGCCUGGCCCCUCUUCCCCUACCACUACGCCUGGGACUUUGGCACUGAGGACAUUACCGCCUGCGUCGGGGGCCCCGAGGCCACCUUUACCUACCGGGCCCCGGGUCCCCACCUGGUGACCGUUGCCGUGUCCAACAAUAUCUCGUCCGCCAAUGACUCGGCGCUCGUGGAGGUGCAGGAGCCCGUGGACCUCACAGGCAUCGAGGUCAACGGCUCCCACGUGCUGGAGCUGGGGCAGCCCUACCUCUUCUCGGUGGUGGGCCGCGGGCACCCUGCCGCCUACCUGUGGGAGCUGGGGGAUGGCGGGCGCCUCGAGGGUCCCGCCGUCACCCACGCCUAUGACAGCACAGGCUCCUUUGCAGUCCGGGUGGCCGGCUGGAACGACGUGAGCCGGGGGGAGGCCCGGCUGAACGUCACGGUGCAGCGACGCGUGCGGGGCCUCAGCGUCAACGCCAGCCGCACGGUGGUGCCGCUGAACGGCAGCGUGAGCUUCGGCACCUGGCUGGAGGCGGGCAGCGACGUGCACUACUCCUGGGUCCUCUGCGACCGCUGCACACCCAUCCCUGGGGGCCCCACCAUCUCCUACACCUUCCGCUCCGUGGGCACCUUCAACAUCAUCGUGACGGCCGAGAACGAGGUGGGCGCUGCCCAGGACAGCAUCUUCGUCUACGUCUUGCAGCACAUAGAGGGACUGCAGGUGGUGGGCGGUGGCGGCAGCUGCUGCUUCCCCACCAACCACACGCUGCAGCUGCAGGCCAUGGUCAGGGACGGUACCAACAUCUCCUACAGCUGGACAGCUCAGCGGGACGGCGGGACGGCCCUGGCCGGCAGCGGCAAAACCUUCUCGCUCACUGUGCUCGAGGCGGGCACCUAUCUCGUCCAGCUGCGGGCCACCAACAUGCUGGGCAGCACCUCGGCCAACCGCACCGUGGAAUUUUUGGAGCCUGUGGGGUGGCUGGCCGCGGCCGCCUCCCCAAACCCAGCCGCUGUCCACACAAGCGUCGCGCUCCGUGCCGAGCUGGCCGGCGGCAGUAGCAUCACUUACUCCUGGUCCCCAGAAGAAGGGCUGAGCUGGGAGACCCUGGAGCCCUCCACCACCUAUACCUUUUCCACCCCUGGCCUGCACCUGGUCACGGUCACGGCCAAGAACCAGCUGGGCUCGGCCAAUGCCACCGUUGAAGUGGCUGUGCAGGUGCCCGUGAGCGGUCUCAGCAUCCGGGUCGGUGAACUGGACCGCAGCUUCGUGGCGACUGGCUCCAGCGUCCCUCUCUGGGGGCAUCUGGCCUCGGGCACCGAGGUGAGCUGGUGCUGGACCGUGCCGGGUGGCAGCAGGCACGGCCAGCACGUUGCCGUGGUCUUCCCCGAUGCCGGCACCUUCUCCAUUCAGCUCAACGCCUCCAACGCAGUCAGUUGGGUUGUCGCCACACACAAUCUCACAGCGGAGGAGCCCGUCGUGGGCCUGGUGCUGUGGAGCAGCAGGAAGGUGGUGGAGCCUGGGCAGCUGGUCCACUUUCAGAUCCUGCUGGCCACCGGCUCGGUGGUCAGCUUACACCUGCAGGUCAGCGGGGCUGGCCCGGAGGCGCUCCCCGGGCCCCACUUCUCCCGCAGCUUCCCCCAGGUUGGGGACUACACGGUGAGCGUCCAGGCCGAGAACCACGUGAGCCGGGCGCAGGCGCAGGUGCGCGUCUCGGUGCUGGAGGCCGUGGGUGGGCUCCAGGUCCCCGACUGCUGCGAGCCGGCCUUCGCCACGGGCGCCGAGAGGAACUUCACGGCCCGGGUACAGCGGGGCUCCCGUGUCGCCUACGCCUGGUACUUCUCCUUGCAGAAGGUCCAGGGGGACUCGCUGGUCAUCCUGUCAGGCCGCGACGUCACCUACACGCCCGUGGCCGCGGGGCUGCUGGAGAUCCACGUGCGCGCCUUCAACGAGCUGGGCGGCAUGAACCGCACGCUCGUGGUUGAGGUUCAGGACGUGAUCCAGCACGUGGCGUUGCGCGGUGACCGCUGCUUCACCAACCGCUCGGCCCGUUUCGAGGCGGUCACGAGCCCCAGCCCCCGGCGCGUGGCCUACCGCUGGGACUUCGGGGACGGAGCCCUGGUGGAGGACACAGACGUGCCCUGGGCUGCCCACUCCUACCUGCAGCCCGGGGACUACCGCGUGGAGGUGAAUGCCUCCAACCUGGUGAGCUUCUUCGUGGCGCAGGCCACGGUCACCGUCCAUGUGCUGGCCUGCAGGGAGCCGGAGGUGGAUGUGGCCCUGCCCCCGCAGGUGCUCAUGCGGCGCUCCCAGCGCAACUACCUGGAGGCCCACGUCGACCUGCGCAACUGCGUCUCCUACCAGACCGAGUACCGCUGGGAGGUGUACCGCACCGCCAGCUGCCAGCGCCCCAGCCGCCCGGCUCGGCUGACCCUGCCCGGCGUGGAUGUGAGCCGGCCCCAGCUGGUGGUGCCCCGGCUGGCGCUGCCCGUGGGCCACUACUGCUUUGUGUUCGUGGUGUCAUUUGGCGACACACCGCUGGCCCAGAGCGUCCAGGCCAACGUGACAGUGGCCCCUGAGCGCCUGGUGCCCAUCGUCGAGGGCGGCUCCUACCGUGUGUGGUCCGACACGCAGGACCUGGUGCUGGACGGGAGCAAGUCCUACGACCCCAACCUGGAGGACGGCGACCAGACGCCGCUCAACUUCCAUUGGGCCUGCGUGGCCUCGACCCAGGGUGAGGCUGGCGGCUGUGUGCUCAACUUUGGGCCCCGUGGGAGCAGCGUGGUCACCAUCCCUCGGGAGCGCCUGCGGGCUGGCGUGGAGUACACCUUCAACCUGACCGUGUGGAAGGCCGGCCGGCGUGAGGAAGCCACCAGCCAGACGGUGCUGAUCCGGCGGGGCCGGGUGCCCAUCGUAUCCUUGGAGUGCGUGUCCUGCAAGGCGCAGGCGGUGUACGCAGUGAGCCGCAGCUCCUACGUGUACCUGGAGGGCCGCUGUGACAGCUGCAGCGGGGGCUCUACAAGAGGGCGCUGGGCCGCGCGCACCUUCAGCAACGAGACCCUGGUGCUGGACGAGACGACCACAUCCACGGGGAACGCGGGCAUGCGGCUGGUGGUGCGGCGCGGCGUGUUGCGGGAUGGCGAGGGCUACAUCUUCACGCUCACGGUGCUGGGCCGUGCGGGGGAGGAGCAGGGCUGUGCCUCCAUCCGCCUGUCCCCCAACCGGCCCCCGCUGGGGGGCUCCUGCCGCCUCUUCCCUCUGGAAGCCGUGCGUGCACUCACGACCAAGGUGCACUUCGAGUGUGGGGGCUGGCAGGAUGCUGAGGAUGCGGGCGCCCCUCUGCUCUACGCCCUGCUGCUGCGGCGCUGUCGCCGGGGCCACUGCGAGGAGUUCUGCGUCUACAAGGGCAGCCUCUCCACCUAUGGGGCCGUGCUGCCACCCGGCUUUGCGCCUCACUUCACGGUGGGCCUGGCGGUGGUUGUGCAGGACCAGCUGGGCGCCGCCGUGGUCGCCCUCAACAGGUCUCUGGCCAUCACCCUGCCGGAGCCUCCCGGAGACCCUCCUGGCCGCCCCCCGGACCUCACGGCCUGGCUGUAUGGCCUCACGGAGACCAUGCUGCCCGGGCUGCUGCGGCAGGCCGACCCCCAGCACGUCAUCGAGUACUCGCUGGCCCUCAUCACCGUCCUCAACGAGCACGAGCAGGCCCUGGCCGUGGCCGUGGAGCCAGAACCCCGGUGGCAGCUGCGGGCCCAGAUCCGCAAGAACAUCACGGAGACCCUGGUCUCCCUGCGGGUCCACACGGUGGACGACAUCCAGCAGGUCGCAGCCGCGCUGGCCCAGUGCACGGUGUCCAGCAGGGAGCUCGUGUGCCACUCAUGCCUGAAGGAGACGCUGCACAAGCUGGAGGGGAUGAUGCGAAUCCUGCAGGCAGAGACUGCUGCGGGCACCGGGACGCCCACCGCCAUUGCGGACAGCAUCCUCAACAUCACAGGUGACCUCAUCCACCUGGCCAGCUCAGAUGUGCAGGGCCCGCAGCCCUCAGAGCUCGGGGCCGAGCCACCAGCGCUGAUGGUGGCGUCCAGGGCCUACCACCUCUCAUCGGCCCUCAUGGGCAUCCUCACGCGCUCCCGUGUGCUCAACGAGGAGCCCCUGACCCUGGCGGGCGAGGAGAUCGUGGCACAGGGCAAGCGCUCGGACCCACUGAGCCUGCUGUGCCAGGGCAAUGCCUCAGGCCCCGGCUGCCACUUCUCCAUCCCUGCAGCCUUCAGUGGGGCCCUGUCCAACCUCAGCGACGUGGUGCAGCUCAUCCUCCUGGUUGACUCCAACCCCUUCCCCGUCGGCUACAUCAGCAAUUACACCGUCUCCACCAAGGUGGCGUCCAUGGCCUUCCAGACACAGGCCGGCGCCCAGAUCCCCAUCGGGCAGCUGGCCUCGGAGCGUGCCAUCACUGUAAAGGUGCCCAACAACCCAGAGCAGGCUGCCCAGGUCCGCAGCAUCCCUGCUGGCUCUGCCGUCAUCCAGCCUCGGGCUUCGGUCAGCGUUGUGGUCACCCCCGAGAGCAGCAACCCCGAGGCCGGGCUGCACCUGCAGCUCAUGUACAGCGUGAUGAACGACUACUACCUGCCUGAGGAGCCUGAGCCCUACCUGGCUGUGUACCUGCACUCGGCGCCUUGGCCCAAUGAGCACAACUGCUCAGCCAGCAGGAGGAUCAGCCGCGAGGCCCUGGAGGGCGAGGACCACCGGGCUUACACCUUCUUCAUCGCCCCUGGGACCAGAGACCUGGGCGGGAGCUACUACCUGAACCUGACCAGCCACUUCCGCUGGUCAGCCUUGGAGGUGUCCGUGGGUCUGUACACGUCCCUCUGUCAGUACUUCAGUGAGGAGGAGAGGGCGUGGCGGACAGAGGGGCUUGUGCCCCUGGAGGAGACCUCGCCCAGCCAGGCUGUCUGCCUCACCCGCCACCUCACCGCCUUUGGUGCCAGCCUCUUCGUGCCCCCCAGCCACGUUCACUUCAUCUUCCCCGAGCCAGCCUCAGGCGGGAACUACAUCGUCCUGCUGACAUGCACCGUGUGUCUGGUGACCUACGUGGUCAUGGCCGUGAUCCUGCGUAAGCUGGACCAGCUGGACGUCAGCCGGGUCCGCGUCAUCCCUUUCUGCGGGAAGGGAGGCCGCUUUAAGUAUGAGAUCCUGGUCAAGACCGGCUGGGGCCGGGGCUCAGGGACCACGGCACACGUGGGCAUCAUGCUGUACGGGGCAGACAGCCGGAGUGGCCACAGACACCUGGACGGGGACGGUGCCUUCCACCGCAACAGCCUGGACAUCUUCCAGAUCGCCACUCCGCACAGCCUGGGCAGCGUGUGGAAGAUCCGCGUGUGGCAUGACAACAAAGGGCUCAGCCCCGCCUGGUUCCUGCAGCACGUCAUCGUCAGGGACCUGCAAAGCGCCCACAGCACCUUCUUCCUGGUCAACGACUGGUUGUCGGUGGAGACGGAGGCCAACGGGGGCCUGGUGGAGAAGGAGGUGCUGGCGGCAAGUGACGCGGCCCUGCGGCGGUUCCGGCGCCUCCUGGUGGCCGAGCUGCAGCGCGGAUUCUUUGACAAGCACGUCUGGCUCUCCAUGUGGGACCGGCCGCCUCGGAGCCGCUUCACUCGCGUCCAGCGGGCCACCUGCUGUGCCCUCCUCCUCUGCCUCUUCCUGGGUGCCAAUGCCGUGUGGUACGGGGUCGUGGGAGAUGCUGCCUACGGCAUGGGGCCCGUGUCCGGUCUGAUCCCGCUGAGCGUCGACACCAUUGCCGUGGGCCUGGUGUCCAGCGUGGCUGUCUACCCUGUCUAUCUGGCCAUCCUGUUCCUCUUCCGGAUGUCCCGGAGCAAGGUGGCCGGGGGCCCGGGCCCCACCCCCGCGGGGCAGCCGGUGCUCGACGUGGACAGCCGCCUGGACUCGUCCACGCUGGACAGCUCUGUGCUCGCCUUCCCGGGACUGCGCGCCGAGGCCUUUGCUGGGCAAAUCCACCAUGACUUAUUUCUGGAGGAUUCUAAAAGCCUGGUGUGUGAAGGCACGCUCAGUUGGCCAGACCUCCUGAGUGACACGUCCGUCGCGGGCAGCACCCUGCAGCGGCUGGCACGGGGCCAGACAGGCUGCGCGCUGGGGCCGGAGGAGGACAGCCUCUCCCUGGUCAGCCCCUCCUCACCUGCCAAGUACUUCUCGGCUUCAGACGAAGACCUGAUCCGGCAGAUCCUGGCCGAAGGGGCCAGCAGCCUGGCCCCGACCCAGGACACUCGAGGAGAGACGGACCUGCUCUCCGACCUGUCUGGCGCUCCCGGGGAGAGGACUCAGACACUGAUGCUGCAGAGUCGGGGCACCGGGGGGCUGCCCAGCCCAGGCCUGACGUGGGAGCAGCCCCGCUCGGCGAAGCUCUCUAGGACAGGGCUGGUGGAGGGUCUGCGGAAGCGACUGCUGCCGGCCUGGUGUGCUUCCCUGGCCCACGGGCUCAGCCUGCUCCUGGUGGCUGUGGCCGUGGGGGUAUCCGGGUGGGUUGGCGCCAGCUUCCCCCCCAGCGUGUCCGUCAUGUGGCUCCUCUCAAGCAGCACCAGCUUCCUGGCCUCGUUCCUCUGCUGGGAGCCACUCAAGGUCCUGCUGGAAGCCCUGUACUUCGCCCUGGUGGCCAAGCGGCUGCACCCUGAUGAGGAUGACACACUGGUGGAGAGUCCGGCCGUGACACCCGUGAGCGAGCGCGUGCCCCGGGUACGGCCGCCCCAUGGCUUCGCGCUCUUCCUGGCAAAGGAGGAGGCCCGCAAGGUCAAGAGGCUGCACGGGAUGCUGAGGGGCCUUCUGGUGUACAUGUUCUUCCUGCUGGUGACGCUGCUGGCCAACUAUGGGGACACCGCGUGCCACAACCAUGCCUACCGCUUGCAGAACGCCAUCAAGCAGGAGCUGGACAGCCAGGCCUUCCUGGCCAUUACCCGGUCUGAUGAGUUCUGGCCCUGGAUGUCCCACGUGCUGCUCCCCUACAUCCACGGGAACCAGUCCCGACCGGAGCUGGGGCCCCCACGACUGCGGCAGGUGCGGCUGCAGGAAGCGCUCUGCUCGGACCUUCCCGGCCCAGGGGCCCUCACGUGCUCGGCAGCCUCCGGUGGCUUCAGCACCAGCGACUAUGGCGUUGGCUGGGGGAGCGUUACCCACAACGGCUCCAAGACGUGGGCCUACUCUGCCCCGGACCUGCUGGGCGUCUGGUACUGGGGGUCCUGCGCCGUGUAUGACAGCGGGGGCUACGUGCAGGAGCUGGGCCCCAGCCUGGAGGAGAGCCGCGCGCAGCUGGGCUUCCUGCAGCUGCACAACUGGAUCGACAACAGGAGCCGUGCGGUGUUCGUGGAGCUCACGCGGUACAGCCCAGCCGUGGGGCUGCACGCUGCUGUCACGCUACGCCUCGAGUUCCCUGCAGCCGGACAAGCCGUGACGGCCGUCAGUGUCCGCCCGUUUGCGCUGCGCCGCCUCAGCGCUGGCCUCUCAAUGCCACUGCUCACCUCGGUGGGCCUGCUGCUGUUCGCGAUGUACUUUGCUGUGGCUGAGGUGCGCUCCUGGCGUAGAGAGGGGCGUGUGCGUGCCAGGAGGCCUGGGACCUGGGCGCGGUGGCUGCUGGUGGCACUGACAGCGGCCGCUGCGCUGGUGCGCCUGGCGCAGCUGGGCGCCGCUGACAACCAAUGGACCCGCUUCCUGCGCCGCCGCCCGCACCACUUCACCAGUUUUGAGCAGGUGGCCCAGCUGAGUGCGGUGGCCCACGGCCUGGCUGCCUCACUGCUUUUCCUGCUCUUGGUCAAGGCAGCCCAGCAGCUGCGCUUUGUGCGCCAGUGGUCCAUUUUCGGCAAGACGCUGUGCCGGGCCCUGCCAGAGCUCGUGGGUGCAGCCAUAGGUCUGGUGGUGCUCGCUGUGGCCUACGUGCAACUGGCUUUUCUGCUGGUCUCCUCCUGUGUGGACUCGCUUCGGAGUGCCGCCCGGGCCCUUUUGGUGCUGUGCCCUGGGGCCGGGGGUCCUGCCCUGUGUCCGGACGAGUCCUGGCGUCUGUCCCCCUUGCUGUGCACAGGGCUCUGGGCCCUGCGGCUGUGGGGCGCCCUGAGGCUGGGUGCCAUCCUCCUGCGGUGGCGGUACCACGCUUUGCGCGGGGAGCUCUACCGCCCAGCGUGGGAGCCCCAGGAUUAUGAGAUGGUGGAACUGUUCUUACGCAGGCUGCGCCUCUGGAUGGGCUUCAGCAAGGUCAAGGAGUUCCGCCACAAAGUCCGCUUUGAAGGGGUGGAGCCACUGCCCUCCCGCUCGUCCCGGGGCUCCAAGUCUUCUCCGGACGUGCCACCGCCCAGUGGAGGGUCUGAUGCCUCUCGCCCCUCCACCUCCUCCAGCCAGCUGGAUGGGCUGAGUGGGGGCCUGGGCCGGCCGGGGGCCCGAGGGGAGCCGGAGCCCGAGCCCGAGCCCUCCCGCCUCCAAGCCGUGUUUGAGGCCCUUCUUGCCCAGUUUGACCGACUCAACCAGGCCACGGAGGACGUCUACCAGCUGGAGCGGCGGCUGCAGAGCCUGCGUGGCCGCAGGAGCCGUGAGCCCCCAGCUUCACCAGCCCCCGGGCCUUCCCCAGGCCCACUGCCAGUCUUGCCCAGCCGCCUCGCCCGGGCCAGCAGAGGCACGGGCCUGGCUACGGGCGCCAGCAGGGCAUCCCUACUGGCCAAAAACAAAAUCCACCCCAGCAGCACUUAGCCCCAGGGGGGCCUGGGCUCAUGCCUCUUCCCUGGGCUGGGUCUGUGGCUUCCACUCUGGCCCCUCGGAGCCAGAGCCGACACCGCUCAGUAUUACUACCUUCUGCCACCCUGGAGGCCUGGGGCCAGGCAGAACGGCUGCACGCAGGUCCCACCAGAGCAGGCAGCCCCGUCUGCACCUCUGUGGGCUUCAGCACUUUAAUGGCCGCGUGGCCAGUGAAGACCCAGGGUCCCCUCCCCAGUCCCCUGUGGGAGGGCACAGCAGUACUGGACUGAGUGCCCAGCCUCCGAGACGCUAAUUUAUUUCCCGAGUCCUCAGGUACAGCGGGCUGUGCCCGGCCCCACCUCCUGGGCAGACAUCUCCCCCUUGCUAAGGACCCUGGCUGCGGGGAGGGAACCCGUACCCCCCGUCAUCCUCCCCCUAAGUUAUUACCUCUUCUGUCCCCCGCUGCGUGCACUCACCUCCAGCUGCCGCUGUGCGCCGCUGUGCGUCUAUCGUCAGUAAUUUAUGUGGGGUUAAAAUGUAUAUAUUUUUGUAAGUCGCUUUAUUUCUCAGUAGGGCCAAGGGGCCUGAGGGCUGAAGCAGCCUGUGCCCAUGGUCGCCUGCCUGGAGGAGAAGCUGGGGCUGCAGAGCUGGCCUCCCUCCCCAGAUAUAUGCCCCUAGGGCUGGGGAAGCAACAGUUGCUUCUUGGAUCCAAGUCGGGCCUGGGGCAGGUGCUGGGCCAAGGGCUGCGGGAGGGGCACAGCCUCCCCCAGGCCUUUCUUGUCACCGCUGUGGCCUUAGCCUCCUGCCCUGCCCAGGUCUGCUGGUGUCGGGUCUGGGCUAGGGCAGCACCCGUGCCUGGCACAGGACCCCAGGGUGGGGAGAGGGAAAGGCCGCUCCCUGGGGCUGGCUCCCAGCAGGAGAGGCGAGUGGGACAGUUCCCUGGGCGGCUUUCCUGAGUGGAGGCCCCAGGAGCAGCCGGACAGGCCCCUGCCCUGCGCCAGGGGCAUGGCCCAAGCUACAGCCUUGACCCCCCCGCCAACAGACGGAGUCAAAUAAACGAGCUGACUGACGGCC